AUGACGACCACGAGCACGGUGGACCUUGGGGGUGUGACGUGGAAGAUUCGAAAUACUGUGAGUAGCUUUCUAGUCCAUCAGCAACUUGCAAACUACGCCAAUGAUCUUGUGGCAUUUGGUGGAUACUUAGGAAGUAGAUUGCUAGUUGAUACACCGUGGAGUAAACCUCAAGCCUCUUUGGCAUAUGAAUGGUCACUCUCAGCUUGUUAUACCGAUUUUAACGUCAAUAAAUCCAUUGCGGUGUUUAUUGGGCUCGACUUAACUAGACAAGAGGUGUCUCUUUGCCGUGAUGGAAUCACAAGUAUACAACGUCAGGGGCGCCUCAAACUCGAUGAAGGAUCGAGCUUUCUGCUGGCGCUCGCGGCCCCCUGGGUUGGUCCAAUCACUGCAGACGGUACAAACGUGACAGCAUACGUCUUCACAUCCUCUCUUCUGUUAACUCCCAUUGCCACAAGUCCUACAAAUAACCCGCCUUCCACCAUCCCACCAUUCUCCUCUGCGAGUAACGCUCUUUCGACCACGCUUAGUCUUGUUCCGCCAUUCGGAUUAUCUUCCAGUACUAUUGCUGGAGGUUCCACACCGUCUCUGGCUACAUAUCCAGCAGAUGGCCACAAUAGGGCGGCAAUCGUUGGCGGCAGCAUCGCCAGCGGCAUUAUUGGCCUCUUUAUUGUCGUUUCUUUGGUGUUUCUCCUUUGGAAAUGCUACCAGAAACGACGAUCUAGGCAGCUGGGACCGCGUCCAGUGCCGUUUGUUCAUAUUCCGUCAACCGAGAACAUCGCGUUGACUUCAAUUCUUCAAAACUCGAGCAAUCACGCUUUUCCUACAGCGGCAGAGUUUGCAACACAUCAUGUCACGCCACCCGUCGCCUUUGCCAAUGCACCGGCAUCGCCCUGGAUUUCGGGUGCGCAUAUUCAGUUUCCAGCGGACGCGAAUGCGGGAGGCGCGACUGGUGCUCCCUACUAUGGAGCGCGAGAAAGCCGAGAUACUAUGCAAUCUUCGGGAAGAGUUUGGUUUUCUCAACACCCACAACUAUGA